UUACUUCUAAUUAACGCCCACGCCUGUGCUACUAAUCAUCUUUUUUAGUAAGUCCAAAUCCAUCUACAGUUGAGCAAGAGAGAGAGAGAGAGAGAGAGAGAGAGAGAGCUGUCUCUUUCCUUUGCAUUCCCCACACAAAGAAGAACGAAGAAGAACAAGCAGCAGAUCAAUCGGUCCUCCUCUCCUCUCCAAUACUAGUAUACUACCACACUGGCUGGCUGGGCUGGCUGCUCCUCGUUUCUCCUACCUUUGGCCUGCCCAUUAAUGGCCCCUGGUAUAUUAACCUUCUCUUCUCUUCCUCCCUCCUAGACUCCUCCUGCUCUGCUUUGCUUCCCUUCCCUGUGCGCCCCGCCCCCACGAAAAUCCACUUCUUUUCCUCACCUUGCCACUGUCGGUUCUUGCCUCUUUCUUUGAGGACUCGCCCGCCCAACAGAAGGAGGCAAAGGAUGAUCCAGUCUUGAAUGACCAGUUCCGGAGGAUCUGCGCAAGAAAGAUUGCUGCGCCUAGCAUGUAAGAAACACGACCAUGGAGUUCCUUUAAUCCAAUCAUUGGAGCAAGCUGCCAGGAAAUGGAUCAGUAACUCAUGAAUGACACGGGUGCCAUUUUACCCAAGUGCAUCUAGUUUCUAUAUUUGACCAGCUGCUCAAGAAACACCAUUUCCAUGGAAGCUCCUAAGCUUCGCUUCGUCAGAUGCCCAGGAUGCCUCCAGCUUCUUGUGGAGUAUCCAACCAUUGCUGUCUACCAAUGUGGUGGCUGUGGUACUAUUCUUAGAGCCAAAAAUCAAGUUGCGCCAGCAGUGAAUGCUAAUGCAGAAUCUGGUGAACACAAUGAAUUUUCAAAUAAUUCAACUGGGGGUUCUCAAAACAACAAAUUGAUCUGUACAGAUGGGCAGAAAAUUCCACCAUCCUCCGAUGCACAACCUGGUGUGCUGCAGGAGAAGAUUACCUUUGCUAGCGAGGAAAAAACUAUGUCUUCUAGCAAUAGCAUCGACUCCAGUGAGCAUGUUAACAUCGAGUGUUCCUUACUUGAUGGGGAUGCCAGCAAUCAUGAUGUGAGGACUGAAGGCAUAAAUGAUGAAGAUAAAGUGACUGUGUCUAAUUCAAGUCUUGAUUCAGUGAGGAAAGUAGAGAAUGUUGAAACCGAUGGAAAUGAAAAAGGUUCCUUUACGGAUGAUGGGAGCAUCAGCAAUGAAGUUGCUACCACCCAAAGCAUGGUCCACAUGGAUGGAGCUGGUUCUGAUAAUAAUUUUACAGAAGUACAGAGUGCAGCUGAGGGGAAGUGUGCACUUAGCGAUGCUAAUCUGGACUCACAAGAGAUAGUUGCGAUUUGCCAACCUGAUAACAUUUCUGUUGGCACAAAAGAAAGGGUUCAGCCAUAUGAAGGUUUUAAUGUUGAAUCACAUGAAGAUCUGAUUGAAGAAUUGGUGAGGUCUCUUUCACUCAGUGAUGACGAAGAAGAGUUUGUCGAUAUAGCAGAAAACAGUGAACUUAAUGAUGCUUUAUGUUCUCAAAUGGGCAGCUGCAGAUUUUCAUUGGGGAGCAAAAUGAAUGAAGGCCCUCGAACUGAUCCUCAUGGCCGGUUGAUUGAAGAAUUAGAGAUGUCUUUCAGUGAUGCUGAAGAACCACUAGACCAAAAUAUUAUGGUCUCCCUCAAUGACAUAGAAAAGCCUACUUUGGAUGAGGUCAGUAAAGAAAAUCACAUUUUGGAGGAGGAUGGUAAAGAAAGUCACAUUUUGGACGUGGAUGGUAAAGAAAGUCACAUUUUGGACGUGGAUGGUAAACAAAACCACAUUUUGGACGAGCAUGGUAAAGAAAACCACAUUUUGAAUGAGGAUGAUAAGGAAAACCUCAUUUUGGAUAAGGGUGGUGAGGACACUUUGGAUGCAGGUGGUGCUAAUUCAUAUGAAGAAAGAGUAUUGCCAUCGGAUGACGGGCUUCUCAAAUCUGGACAAAGUUUCCAACAAUGUGAGCUGGUUGCUGUUAACAUGGCAGAAAAGGAUGAGGGGCAUCUAGAAGAAACCAACAUGGCUAACCAUGCUGAAGCAAACAGUGGAAUUGCUGCUGUUCUUUCAAAUUUGUCAAACGAUAAAUUUUGUGCCAUAUUACCACCUAGCUGUGAUGGGAGAAAAGAAGAAAAAUCUAACAUACAUAGAGGUAGAGAACUCUGUCAAGGAUUGUCACUUGAUUCUGUAGACUUCCGAUCAAUCCAAAAUUUUAUCGAGUCUCAAAUGGAUGGGACCUCAAGUUCUCUUUCAAGUGGCUCUCCAAGUCAUGGUGACCUGGAACAUAAUAGAUCAAACAGAUUCAAGAAAAUUGAUCGACUUGAGCGCCUGAGGAAGAUGGAUGAUCUAAGAGAUCAGUUAAAUAGGCUUUCUAGCCAGAAAGGUUUGGAAAAUAGGUACAAGAACAAAGGCCCUGGAGUCCUUCAGGAACAGAUUAGCUACAGACACCUUGAACAACAUCCUUGUGGUUUUGAUGGUGAUUCUAUCCUGGAUUCUGAUAUUAUCGAUUCCUAUUAUGAUCAAGGAAAUCCACCAAGGUACCCACCACCAGAUCCGUUCUCCCCAACUCAUUCGCACUAUCAUUGUGGACAUGGGCAACCCCAUAUCCCAUAUAACUGCAGUGCAUGGGAGUUUAAUUCAUAUUAUCAGUCCUCAUAUGCGGGAAGUACGGUUCUUGAACACGUAUCACUUCGCUCAAGCUACAAGGAGCAGAAACGUGCAGUGAAGAAAAGCAUUCUGCGGUCUCUGUCUGGUGCUUCCCCAUUUACCAUCUGCAAUGGCUGUUUCAAUUUGGUUCAAGUGCCAUCAGACAUCUAUGUAUCGAAAAAGAAGAUCGCUAAGUUCCAGUGCGGUCGGUGCUCCAAGGCCCUUAUGUUAUCAUUUCCUGCUACAAAUAGUGAUGAUGCAAAGCUCAGUAAUAAGGAAGUAAAUCGAAAACCAAACAAGCCUGUCCACAAUAGUGUUGUUGGUAUGGAGGGUGGCUAUUCUUUUUCUGCUGAAUGCUCACGAGGGGAUCCUGUGAGCAUAAGUGAAGAAUGUGGAGCUUCAAUCUCAAGAAGCUUCUCUGGUAGAACUAGAGCAGCUGUUGCUGCAUCAGGAAGUGGAAAAAAGGUGUCAGACUCGGCACUUCAUCGGCUCAUGGGGUAUGAUUCAGCAAGCCAGUUGUUACGGCGCAGCAGAGCGUUUGAGGAUGGAUAUGACAGUUUUGAAUCCAUGGUGCCAGUAUCAAACAGAGUAUCCAGAAGAAAGAAUUUGUAAGAUACUUCUGUAGCCUUGAUUCCUACCAAGCAGGAUAGGAAUGAUCAGCAAUUUUGUGAUUAUGUACAAGAAAUGGACACCUUGCCUGCAACUGCAAGUUAUUAUAUAUUUUUUGUCUUUCAGAAGAUUUUGGGAUUUUAAUUCUGAAGUUUUUGGUUAGCCAUUCUUCAAUCAAGGUACAGUAAUUCUUUAUUCUUGUUGUAAAGUUGUGUAUAUAUUUGGUGGGAUAAAAUUGUAUAACAGUUAUUCAUGCCAGAUGUUUGUUAAUACGUGGUGUUUCUUUACUUUGUAAUUUUGUAUACAUUGGAGGCAUUUGCACACACCAAAUAGAGCGGCACAAUGAGUGCUUAUGAUGUUUUGUGUGAGUAAGUUGGACAGCACAAGAAGACAACAACUCUGAAUGUAACCAUUAUUUGUUAGGUGUAACGGACCAUGUGGUUUGUCUUUGCAUGACAGCAUGAGACUAUGAGAUGCAUCUUUUGCUGUCGCUCAUCAUUGUAAAUGGAGAUGGAUGCUACAUACUGGACCA